AUGUACUACAGCUUGCUUGCAGUAGCCUUCGGCUGUAAGGCUUUCGCCUUCGAUGCAAAUAAAGAAGUCCUUGUGUAUUUGAACAUGUCUCUUGCCCUUAAUGGCUUUUCGAGCAGCGUCCGAGUAUUCGAGGGGAUUGUGUUGGACACCUUGGAUGUAAAUUUUGACGGUUGGAAUGCUCGGCCUGAGGGCGAUCCGGAUGCCAGCAACGUUCCUUCACACGUCGCCACGCAAGCGGUGAAGCUGGACGAAAUAGUGCGCCAGCCUGUACUGUACGUCAAGACCGCCAAUACGCGGCGGGCGAGUCUCCGGAUAGGGCUUGCGGGCAUUGUUAUGAUUUAA